AGUUUUUCAAGAAAGAUCUGGCAUUUAAUCUUCAGCCCAAACGGUCCUGGAAAUUACUAAGCAGAGUAAUUAGAACUAAAGCUAUUUUUAGAAAGCAAGCAUGUAAAUAUAUGUUAAGUAAUGAGUAAGACACAGAAUUGGAGAACAGAGGAAAAAAAUAAUCUGAAAAGCAGUUUCAUCAGAUGGUCGGUCUCUGUUCCAGGAUGUGCUCUUUCUGGGAGAUUGUUUUUCUCUGGGUGAUUUGAGUCAGGAAUGUAAUGAAGUUGCUACAGUCCGCGCUCUUUUCCCGUACAGUCUGUAAUGACGUUCUGACUGGCUCCGUGGCCGCGGGAGGAGGUAGGCCCAGGUCUUACUGUUUUAUUCUCAGCUUCGUCGAGCAGGUGUUCUAUUCCUUCGAAACAGGUAGACAUGUCUCUCACUGCCUUGCACACUCUGGGGACCAGAUGAUGCCAGUGCCUCCUGACACAGCUGGCCUGCCCUCCUGCUGCUCAGUGAGGAGAUGAUGCUUAGAGAUUACAAUACGGGGUUAGCUUUCGAGGCCUAGAGAGAGUCAAAAUGGAGGCGCUCUGUUGAACCUAAUAUUUUGUUAAUGGAAGGCAGUAAGUUGACCCCUACCCCCACACCCCAAAUUCUUAGUACUUCAGAAGUCACUCGCUCCAAUCAUCCCCACCUCCUCCCAUGUGAAGGGGCAGGGACAAUUUGUCUAGGAAUUUUGACCCUUUGUUUCAGCAAAGGGCAGCAUGUGUCUGUCUUUACCAUAUGGUUCUAUUUAACCUAUAUUGCAUGAGCUGACUAGAGCUGUGCUGGACAUUGAUUUAGCUUGGCAUUCGAGAAUGUUCUUUGAAAUUGAGUACAGGCAGUGAUGCAUUGGAAGCUGGGUCCAGAGGUGGUUGUGGCUUUAGCAGCUUCUUCAGCUGGUAUUUAUGAGUGGUGAGCAAGAUUUGUGUCGAUGGGAAAUAGUUGGCCAGUGAGUGUUGAGUGACUAUACAAAUGUUGAAUAGGAGUGGUUAAGACUUAUCCUUGGGGGUAAGCCUAAAGACCUGCUGGUCAGAGGGAACUCUAGUUCCUUACUGUUCCUGUGAUUUUUUAACCUAGGGCUCAAAAUGUGUGUUACCCUCCCCCACUGAUCUUAAGGGCUUAGCUCCCCCCCCAACCCUGCUGCCCAAGGGUGAGUCAGGAAGUAGCCUGCUCUGUUCACAUCUUCCCAGGUUUACUGAUGGUUUCAUAGAUUCAGAGUUUUCUAGUUUUCCUGAAGUUCUGAGCUGUUGUGGAAUUAUAGACACGUGUAGUUGAUGUUUGGCUUCUGACAGUUUUGUCUGCACACUCUAGCUGGGGGAGGGGGGGUUGGUUAGACUGUAUUUGAUUCACAAGGGAAGAUUUGCAUCCUGAGAUUCAGGAGGGCAUCCAUCCACCUGCCUUGUCACCAUUGACCUCCAUUCCUGACAAAUGUGUAGCUGUGCUGUCCCAAAGCCUCCGGACACUGUUGUCUUCUCACAUGGCUUCGUUGUCCUUCAUUUCCUGGCUUUCCUGUUUAAAGGAGAGAAGUAAACACAUAGGCUUGGUCAUGUGUGUGUCCCCAGGCCAUGGUCUGUGGACUGUGCAGGCUGCACCCUGCCCAGAGUCUGAACAGUAGAACUGUGUCUUGCCUUGCACACGCAUCACGCUGAAUGACCAGUGACUUAGUAUUUCCGUAACAAUAUGAGAAAAUACUGUCACCCAUCAAUAACUACAUCCCCAAGAUCCAGAUGGAUCUUCUAGUCUUACUAGUACUUACGGUGUCCUUAGUGUGACUCAUGAACGUGAUGACGGUAUUCUUUCCUGGUUAUUGUAAAGAGGAUAGCACAUGGCCCGGGCACCCGAUUGUCCUCCUUCCCUCAGAAAUGACUUUUCACUAAACAAAAGAUUGAGAGGUGCGAAGCAUGGUGUCAGUCCUAACACGGACAGUAAGUGGUUUCUGGGGUAUGAGCACUCUCUCCAUUGCAACACGAACCUGGGGACUGUUCCGUAGAACCACGGGAUUAGUGGGAGGAUUAAAAUUAGCCUCUGUAAAUUACCCCGGUGACAGAAAAGCAGAGCAGGUUAAUGGCUUUACUGGUAGACAGGCUUACCACUUGUUUUCUAGGUUGGUGGAAGAUUAUAGGCUGUCCUGAACAUUAACUUCAGGGAGCGGUGCCUGUUCCAGACCCGCACGCGGUUUAGAGUGUCUGUCUCACCUGGAACUUGGGAGCUGACUGUGCGGUGUGUUCCCGUUGCGGUGCACACAUGCAGGGGCAGCUGGAACAUGUGCUGUAGCAUUCAGUCCUGCUGUCGGUGAGAACAGUCACCCAUUUUAGAAAGUGCAUUAGGUCUUUUGGCUCAGACAGGCUUCCUUAGGUGCUUACUUGGGGGGGGGGUGGUCAUUAGUCCUUUUGCGGCUCUGAGAAUGGAAGAUAAGUGUCCUGGCACUGGGUUGUUCUCCAGUCCUGGGGGGUGCUUGCUGCAGCUGCUCCAUCACAGAACAUGCACCUACUCAUCACAAGCACCUCUCUCCUCUCUGGGCAGCAGGAACCCCUCUAAAAAUGGAGAGAUAAGACACUUCAGGCCCCUACGACACAAGGCUGUGCUGGGACCCCCGUAUCGCCCUGAUGGAUCGCAGCAGAGAGGCCGAGAUGGAGCUGAGGAGAGGACCCAGCCCGCCCAGGGCUGGCAGGAGCCACGAGGUGGAUGGGGACAAGGCUGCCUGCCAUAGCUGCUGCAUCUGUGGUAAGAGCUUUCCUUUCCAGAGCUCCCUGUCACAGCACAUGCGCAAGCACACGGGAGAGAAGCCCUACAAGUGUCCCUACUGUGACCACAGGGCUUCCCAGAAGGGCAACCUCAAGAUUCAUAUCCGCAGCCACCGCACAGGGACUUUGAUUCAGGGGCACGAGCCAGAGGCGGGAGAGGCGCAGCUGGGCGAGAUGCGUGUCUCUGAGGGCCUGGAUGGGUGUGCCAGCCCGACUAAGAGCACCUCUGCCUGCAACCGCGUGCUGAACGGGGCCGUGCCAGUGGAUGGCAGCAAGAUUCUGCUCCGGAGCAGCCGCAAGGAGGUGGAGGGUGGGGCCAGCGCCCAGGAAGACACGGAGGCCAUGGUGCCGUGCUCCUUCUGUAAGAGCCGGUUUGAGCGCAAGAAGGACCUGGAGCUGCAUGUGCAUCAGGCCCACAAGCCAUUCAAGUGCAGGCUGUGCAGCUAUGUCACCCUGCGGGAGGAGUCUCUGCUUAGCCACAUCGAGAGGGACCAUAUCACAGCUCAGGUGCCCAAUGGCAGCGAGGCCUGUGUGGAGAAUGGCAAACCUGAACUGAGCCCUGGGGAGUUUCCCUGCGAGGUGUGUGGCCAGGCCUUCAGCCAGACCUGGUUCCUGAAGGCACACAUGAAGAAACACCGGGGCUCCUUUGACCACGGCUGCCACAUCUGUGGCCGGAGAUUCAAAGAGCCUUGGUUCCUUAAGAACCAUAUGAAGGCCCACGGACCCAAAGCAGGAAGCAAGAACAGACCCAAGAGUGAGCUGGAUCCCAUUGCCACCAUCAACAAUGUGGUGCAGGAGGAAGUCAUUGUCGCUGGCCUGUCCCUCUAUGAGGUCUGCACAAAGUGCGGGAACCUGUUUACAAACCUGGACAGCUUGAAUGCCCAUAACGCCAUACACCGUAAAGUUGAAGCCAGCCGGAUACGAGCCCCGGCUGAGGAGGGGGACACAGAGGACCCCCUGGACACUAAGCAGUUCUUCUUACAGUGCCUGAACCUGACACCAUAUGUGGCUGGCGAUGCGUCCCCCACUGGGCAGGCUGGACGGCGGGUGGCUGAGUUGGACCCCGUCAACAGCUAUCAGGCCUGGCAGCUAGCCACCAGGGGUAAGGUGGCUGAGCCGGCUGAGUACCUCAAGUACGGGACCUGGGACGAGGCCCUGGCAGGGGAUGUAGCCUUUGACAAAGACAAGCGUGAGUAUAUACUGGUGAGCCAGGAAAAACGCAAGCGUGAACAGGACGCUCCUUCUACCCAAGCUCCCCCAAGGAAGAGGGCCAGCGUACCUGGGGACCCCAUGCUUUCUGGCCACCUUGACCCCCGACCAGCCUCACGCCCCAGCCGCAGGUCUGCGACCACCACUGGCCAGGGCAAGUCCUCCGAGUGCUUCGAGUGCGGCAAGAUCUUCCGCACCUACCACCAGAUGGUGCUCCACUCCCGCGUGCACCGGCGUGCACGCCGCGACAGGGAUCCUGAGGGAGACAGGGCAGUGCGGGCCCGUUGCGGUUCACUCAGCGAGGGUGAUUCGGCUUCCCAGCCAAGCAGCCCUGGCUCAGCCUGCGCCACUGCUGACUCCCCUGGCCUGGCCGAAGAAGUGGUGGAUGAUAGUGGUGAAGAGGCUGUGCCUGAACACACAUCAGGGGGCCAGCCACACCACUGCUGCUCUUCUGGAGAGGUGGCACCCACCGCGCUCUCCAACGGAGACCAGAGUCACAAACUUGGAAAUAACCUGCCAGAGAAAGACAUCAGCGAGCCCAAGGUGGGGAUUGCCACGCCAUCUGUGUCCAUACUUGAAAACAGCAGCAGAGAGACCGCCAAGGGUCCUGAGCAGCAUAGAUGCUCUCUUGAUUUAAAGAUGCCAGCAUUUCACCCCAAGCAGGAGCCCAGCACUACUGACCGGGUAGACUUCCCUUUGAGCAUGGAAAUUACUAGCCUGCAGCACACCUUGGACAGCCAGGCUGGGCAUUCUAAGGAAAAGCUGUCCGAUUUGCACAAGGAGCACUGUGGGGCAGGAAAGCGGGCAUCCGCCCCUGACCUGGUCCCACUGGACUUGAGCAUGAGGUCGAGCCGGGAUGAGCCCAGUAGUAAGGAGGCGUGCUCCCUGCAGGCGGCCCUGGUCAUUCACCCGUGUCCUUACUGUAACCACAAGACCUACUACCCCGAGGUCCUGUGGAUGCACAAGCGCAUCUGGCACAGGGUCAGCUGCAGCUCUGUAGCGCCCCCUUGGACUCAGCCUAGUGGCCAUAAGAGCAUUCGCAGCAACCUGGUUUUCCUGGCUCGCAGUGGGCGCACAGGCCCUCCGCCUGCUCUUGGGGGCAAGGAGUGCCAGCCCCUGCUGCUUUCUCGCUUUGCCCGUACCCAGGUGCCAGGUGGGGUACCAGGAUCAAAGGGCAGCUCUUCUCCCCUUGGGGUGACCACAAAAGCCGCUAGCAUGCCUAAGAAUAAGGAGAGCCAUUCUGGGAGCCCCUGUGCUCUGUGGGCCUCUGGCCCCGACGGAUACCGACAGACCAGAGCUGGUCAUGGCCAGGAGCCCCCCAGUGCCGCAGUGCAGGGGCCCCUGGCCAAACCCAAACAGGAGGCCAGCUCCAGGUUGGCACCUUCCCCAGGCAGUGGGGGCCUCAGUAGAAGUGCCACCCCCACACCCUCAGUUAUAACCCGUGUUGGUGCCCAGCCCUCAGCCAAUAGCAAACCAGUGGAGAAACUCGGGGUCCCGGCAGUGGGGACUGGCUUUACCCCUGCGAAUAAGCACAGUGCCCCAGACUCUCUGAAAGCCAAAUUCAGUCCCCAGCCUCAGGGUCAGCCUCCCUCGAAAGGCGAAGGAGGCUCUCCUCUACCUCCCCGAGAACCCCCUGUGAAGGCGGCCCAGGAGCUGAGAACACUAGCCACCUGUGCAGCAGGCUCCAGAGGGGAUGCGGCCUUGCAGGCCCCACCUGGUGCGCCUCCCACCUUACACUCCACCAAGCAGGAGCCGGCAGCUGAGGGGCAGGAGAAACGCUUGGACAUCCUCAGUAUCUUUAAGACGUACAUUCCAAAGGACUUCGCUACACUCUACCAGGGCUGGGGUGUCGGCAGCCCCGGGCCUGAGCACAGAGGGACAUCACUAACAGGGACACCACGGACACAGGCCCGCCAGGGAGACUUUGUCUGUGUGGAGUGCGGCAAGAGUUUCCACCAGGCCAGCCAACUCAGGGCCCACCUUCGGGCACACACAGUGGUGUUUGAGUGUGACAGUCCACGAGAUUCUGACGUUCACACAGCCUCCACGGAUGCCCCUAAACAAGGGAGAGACCGUACUACCCCAGGGACUGUGCCAGCGGGCCCCCUCCGAAAGGGGACCUAGAGACACACCUCCAGCGCCCCGCCCCGUGAUAGUGUUGACUGUGGCCUCACGGGUGACUGGAAGGCUCCCAGGAGUGACCAUGGCCACUUUGGGGCAGAAGAUCCAGGGUCUCAGGGUCUCCUGACCAGAUACCCUAGACCUGGGAGCCACUGCGGUAGAGCAGCCCAGGGAGAUGCCUCCCUCGGCAAUGUUUAGGGACAGCAAAGAUGCUAUGCCUAGAAUUCUGUGUAGCUCUUUCACACACAUGUAUGUGCUCAUCAACCAUGGCCUGUGUUUCCUCAUGAGAAGCGGUGGUAUCGGCAGGCACAGUAGGAGCUCAAGGAGUCUGUAUUACUCAAGACAGGCAUGAGACACUGGAAAACAGAUACUGGUGUGUUUGGAUGGAGUGCAGAGCUGAGCACUGUGUGGACAUCCAGUGCUUAGGACAGAUGAUGCUGUCAGGAUGUGGGGGGCGGAAGGGUCUGCACUACUGCCCCUCCCUGCCUCAGUGGGUACUUAAAAUAGUAGGUGAGACAGAGGUGUGUUCAGGUGGUAUUCGAGUGCUGUGGAGAUGAGCUUGGUGAGGCAGGGCGUUGGGUUGCUCAUGGUUAGGAGCCUGGCCACGCCCCGCUCUGAGCUGCUCACGCCCCGCCAUACUGUGUUCUCACCUUCCGGGCUGUGUCUGGCUCAGGAAACACUGCAGAGGUGGGAACAUGUCAAUCUGCUCUGGGAAGGAACAUUAGUCGAACACUAAGAGGAGCAGAUGUCUUUUUUAUUCUCAGGACCUUUUUUGUAACAGGGCUACAUUCUGCAAACUGCUCACAGAGAGAGACUCCAUGUCUUAACAGAUUAAGCCACCGAAUCCUCCCAGUUUGGGCCUGUUAUGGUGAUGGCAGAAACAUCCUUGAGCAGAUUGGGGGGCCCUAGAUCAUUAGGGUGCUAGUGCUCUGGAACCUCCUCUCUCCUCCCCACCCCAACCUUUCCCCUGCAUCACCCCAGCAAAUAGAUGUCUUUUCCCAUCGGGCCUGGUGAGCACCACUGGACGAGUGACUUUGUUCACAGCUUAAUGGGGGCGCCAGGCCUGAGGGCGAGGACGGCUUAUAUACCUCUUCCUUAGUCACGCAAGUUCACGUUUCUGCAGUGGGGUGAAGGCCCUAGCAGAGGCUCUGAACCCACGCACGUGCGCGGCCGGAACGGCAUUCCACGGGUAGCAGCGGCUCCUGUCCCCGCUGCUGUGACCCUGUGUGACGGCGAUACUUCUGCAAGUUCCAGAUGUUUGCACAUAUGAUUUUAUGCAUUAUCAAAAAUUACCGCUGCCUUGAAUGAAAACGUUCUGUGAAAUUUUUUGCAAAAGCUUUACUAGUUUUUUUUUUAUUGUGAAAUUUUGUAAAGGCAGGAAAUGGAUUAAGACGAGCAUGCUAAAUAUAUUUUUCAAAAAAAAAAGCAAUAAUUUUACAUGUACAGAAAUUAUCGUAACCUUUAAUACUGGUGAGAGCGACAGUUUACUUAACCCAGUAAUGGAUCAGUGCGGUUUUGUAGGAAAUGGGCUUCUGAUAUAAAGACUUGUAAACACACAUGUAUACAUGAACCCUGGCGUGUGGCUUCUCUGUUCUAAUGAUCUGUUGGAUUAUUAUAUUAUUAUUAUUAUUAUUAUUGUUAUUGUUAUUGUUAGCUAAUGUUUGAUUCCAGAUUCUAUUUGUUACUGUUUUAAUUACUUGACCGUUCAGGUGACUGCUGCACUCGCAAGCAAUGCAAUGUUAACUGGCUAGCAGAUACAUAUAUACAUAUAUAUGUAUAUAUAAUUUUUUUUUUUACUUAUUUUUUCCUGAUACUCCUACACCAGGUAUGUAUGAGAAUGGCUUGCCAUGUCAGAGUGCUUGGGAAUAUCGAUCAUUCUGAGACGUUACUUGGAGCAGGUUGCAGAGACACAUUCCUCUCUCCGCCUGAGGCAGCAUAGUACCUUUCUGUCGAUGGUGUUUGUUCGUUUUGAUAGGUUCCCCAUCAUUUCUGCACUCCCUGGCUUUUUGUUUCCUUGGCUGAAAGUGAAGGUGAGAGUUAGGAAUGUCAGAGCCUGUGAUUUGGCCCAUCUAUUUCUGUGUUUUAGUCAUUAAACAAUUCUGUACACAAAGGGACACGAAGGUGUCGUCUGCGUUUUUCCUGUGUCUGAAGCUGCUCUUGGCACUGAGAACUGGAAGGUCUGGCUUCUGGUGAGUCUCCUUCCCAGGGUCUGAUGGGGAGAGAGGGGUGCCUGAGGUCCCUGCAGCCGAGCGUCUGCCUGGAGAGCAGCCAAUCACAGGAUGACCUGCCUGCCCCUCGAAGCACAGAGAUGCACAGUUUUCCAGUAGCCACAAGGCCAUGAGGUUCCCCAGUGCUCACUCCUUCUGGGAUCGGCUGUGUGCAGGCCUGGUUCCUUCUGGGACCAGCUCUGUUGCUGGCUCAGUUCUUUCUGGGGCCAGCUAUGUGCUGGCCUGGUGCAAGGCCUCUUUGUCCCACUGGCCAUCAGUAUUGGACUGGUUUGUUAAUUUGUUUGUGUCAGUGAAACAAUAGUAUUUAAUAUGAUUUGUGUUUCCUUAUUUAUUUAGCCAAUCUGUUUUGCUUUGCUCCCUCCUCCCGUGGUAAUUUCCACAUUUCUGACUGUUACGGACUUCCUACUACCUCUAUGAAUCUUCUGUCUCCUUGUUCCUGAUGGGGUUUUUACAGUGUUGCAUCUAAUGUAACUUAGACAAUAAAGGGUUUGGUUGUCUACACUGCAGCCGCUCCGUGUGUCCCCUGCCCUCUCCACCCGUGCUCUUCUGACUCCUGCCUCACUCACUCGCACCAUCUCAGCCCCCACCAGCCCCUGCUUUACUGUGUGUCGUGUCUUCUCUUACACUUUUCCUCAUGUCAAGUACACAUUACACAUAACGGAGUUUCUUAGGAUAUUUCAGGUGAUUUGCUCAUUCCUCAUUCUGAGAAUGAAGGUUUAAGUUCACUAAUAGUAAGUUCGUUGCGGACCCUGUCUCCUCUGGGGAGCGCUCACUGCGCCUUCUCUCCCUUCGGUGGUCCUGGGAGGUCUCUUCAGACUUAGGCGGAGACGGUUUAGCCUCUCCUGCAUAGUACAAUUUCCAAGUCAAGUGGACGUUGCUUUUUUUGGUUCUGAAAAGAUAUUUUAAGAAGUUUUCCCAAUAUUUACUUAUUUAUUUUUUUUUAAGCCCAGGAAGACACUGGUUUCUGGAAAUAAGUUGUUCCAGGCAGCACAAAGCUACUCCAUAAAACUAAAAGAGCUCUGCUGUCCCGGUGGGCUGUAGGGGUGCCCCUUCCCCCUUGGCUGCUGUGUGCACACCACAGCUUCUGGGCCGCUGGGACUGGAGUCCCACUCCUUUAAUUAUGCUCUACAGGUGACCGGUUCCACCUCGGGCAUCCCGGGGGCUGGCAGUAGUGAUCUUUUCACCUCCUGGGAAUCAGGAGGGUUGACACCUCUCUGGGUGAUGAGGGUGUCUUCCAGGUCCGACAGUGGCUGCAAGUCCCCAGGAAGGAAACUCUCUGGACCUGUAAGACAAGUCCCCUCCCGGCCAGCACCUAAAGAAGAUGCUCUGUUGUGUUAAUGCUUAUAAAUCAGGCAACUUCUAAAUGCAACUUUUAUUCACUGAGAAAAAAAAAACAAAACAAACAACCACGCCCCCACAGACCAGGCCUUCCGGUGACGUGUUCUUGACACUAAUGAUUAACAUACACUGCAGAGCCCUGGGACAUGCCUGCGUGAAGUGACCGCCCGAGCAGCUUGCUCCUUCUUCACCAACUCCGCUAAGCUGAGGCGGGAAGAUGCAGAAACCCAUGGAGUUUGUAUUUCUUUUUAAAAACACAAUUUAUAAUGCUAUAUUUUGUACUCUUUAUAUUAGAAUUUGUAACUAGAUUGAUGUAUUUAACUAUUUCUGAGAAAAAUAAUUCAAUGUUACAGCUGUGUGAUUAAAAAGUAUUUAGAUAAAAUAUAUUCACUCUAUUGGAAUUUGAAAUAAAUAAAAACAUCUUGGAGUUGUAAGACAUUUGCCCCUCCUUUAGAAGGUGGCUUACUUACAUCAUUCGACA